CGUACUUGGCGUCAUUUCCUUUUCGAAAGGGAGUUCCCGCUUCACUCUCUUUAUCUCCAUGACCACUUCAAUUUUAUUCUCCUAUUUCAAUCUCCACAAGUGACAGUUUACCAUCUGUGAGAAAAAUUCUUGGGUCGGCAGACGUGUGAAAACAGAGAGAAACCAAGCAUGAGGCUCCUACUGGUUUUGUCCAUCCUUGGCGUCGUCCUCCUAGCUGUGUCAGCCAAAAAGCAACUGGAAGAGAAUGCCGACAUUGUUGAAGAAGCUGAAACGAAAGACCAUAGUUCCAAAAAAUAUUCAAAAGAUUUCCAAAAAUCUCAUCACCAUGGACACAAACAUAAGAAAAAUAACGCUCAAAAAGAACAACCGAAAGAAGAGGUUAAGCCUAAAAGUGCACCAGUUGAUAUUCCUGAGCCAGAAAUUCAAUUACAAGAAAACAUUGAAACCAGCAAGAAAGCAGUCGAUGAGAGAAAGCGCAAAGAACAGACGGAAGAUUUACACCUUCAAGAUUUGGCCUACGAAGAAAGUUUGAAAAAGGAUAAGAAGAAAAAGAAGGGACACCACGGUGCUCAUCAAGCAGAGGUUGUUGGAAAAGAUGAGAAAAACGAGCAAAAGUUAUUUGCCGAACAAGCCAAGAAUCCAGUUGAAGGAAAAGUAAUUGAAGAUUCCUUCGAACCUCUCAAAAAUUCUGAAGGAGGCAAAAGAAAUCGAGGAAAGGACAAGAAGUCUAAAGACAAGUCUAAAAAUAAGAAGGCUUUCGAGAAAAACAAGGAUAAAGGCAAGAAAUCAAAGGAUGGGAAGAACAAGAAUAAGGACAAAAAGCACAAAAACAAGGAUAAGAAAAAAUGGCAAUAAUUUAGGAUGAAUAAAGACAUUUGAUUUUAAAACUUUGGUCAUAAGUUUCUACUACUUUGAAAAAUGCGAUCGAUUUAAAAUUGUUUGUUUCUUUUUUUACACCUUUAUGUUUCAUUGUAGCCAUGUUUGUACUUACUUGUCCUGUAAUAAUUUUCUAAAAUAAAUGUGUUUUAUUUAUUUUUUA